GCUCAACCAACCACUUAUGAUACCCCUCAAACGACGCCAACUCCUCCAAUCUCUCACUAAACUACCCCUCACCCGUUCCCUCGCAGCAAAAAUGCAACCAGCAACUCUUCGCCGCCACACUGAACGGGCAAAACUGCAACGGCCUUCCCCAAUGCCUCCCCAUGAUCGCCCUCCUCCGAAACAUCGGCGAAGACACAGACAGCCCAGAUACAGCCGUGUAUCUCCACGGCCACCCCCAGUCCGCCCUCAUGGAACUAGUCAAAAAGAGUGACGACGAGCAGAGCCAGCCAAUCAAAGUCAGCGUGACGGCUACGAAAGGUAAGCAGCUCUCUUGUCACGCUGGGCGUGAAAAAAGGUGGUACACUCGUCAAGCAUUCUGCCUCGUGUGUACACCUGUCUGCCACUGCUUGGGGUGCUUCGGUAUGUUCUUAGGAACUUGAAGGAGAU